CGUUCUUCAGAUACGAUCACAAAGCCAGGAAUUUAUUACAUUUACACAACUGAUUUUUUCCCCAUCUGCAUGAACGAAUCGUUUUAUCAAUUUUCUGACUCACAUAGACAGCUGCAAAGUGAUGAAAAAUCUGUUACUAACAAUCCGAAUCCUACAAUCGAAGCGUCAAUUUCAAACUACUACAUCCUUCUGCUCGCAGUUUUCAAUCACUCCACGACCAGAGAACUACCUUCCACUUCUAGUAAAAUGAAUUUGUCGCAGUUCAUCUCCUUCUGUAUCGUGCUAUGGUAUUGCAAUUACACAGUAGAAGUUCAAUCAGAGAAGCAAAAAGCUUUAAUUUUCAAUCAAAACACUGAACAGCUCAUGGAACUACAAGAUGAUGAUGAUUCCGCAAAAUGUACCCAUUGCAUAACCGCCUGCCCACUUUCUACAGAAAUCAUAAAGAGAGCUACCGUAAGUGGAUAUGGAUUACUGGUACAAAAAGUCUACGAUGAUGCAGAAAACCCAAUCAAAAUCAAAACAGAUAUCUGCGACAAGCCAAUGACACCGUCGAUAGUCUACAACCUGAAGUCUGGAGAUUUUGAAAUAGGAUACGAGAUGUUUUAUGGAAAAAAUCAAUUGAUUAAUUUGAGCUGCUUCUAUUACUACGAGUAUUUAUUAAAUGUUAUAGAUGGUGAGCAAAACCAAGACGAUAGUCAACUUAUUAAUGACGAAUCCAUAACCACAACAAGCGAUGAAGAUUCUAAUAUAAUAUUUCAGAUUAAUGGUAACCCAGAUGAGACAAUGGUUUUCUACUGGAUAUCAGUGCUCAAUCUGAAGACCUACGAGUAUGCUGGGAACCGAAGGAUCUACAAGUAUGCUGGGAACCGCAGACAUUUCACCAUAGGAAAGGACGUUAUUAAUGAUUACUUCCAUAAAGAGGGAGUUAUAUCUCACUGUGAAAAUUAUUAUCUAAGUGUUGGAACCGAGAUAGUGCCAUUAAAACGCGAAAUGGUCGAGCUCACACAACCAGUAGACGAUAAACGUUUAGAAAAAACUCAAAUAGUGCCAAUGCACAUGUUGCAUACAGUGCCAGGAAGACUUGCCACCUGUCUGUAUGCAAACAUUGCAUUUAUUUGGAGCAGCAUCGCGAAUGGUCAAUUGCAAGAAGUCGAUUUAUUCCUGUACGCUUUAUAUAAACUACAUCCUUCAAACAUAAACAUAUACUUCGGCGUAAGAGACGAAUUAGAAGGUAUCAGCCCUGAAUUAACUGCUUCAGAAAAUCCCAUAUUUCGCAAAUACCCAAUUCCCAAAUUUAUGUAUCGAAUUGUCGAAUGGAUCAAUGGAGGCGAUGAAACAAUAGUAUACAAGGUCAUCGUUGUAAUUCAUAACGAUCCUAAAUCUAUAAACAAAGAAGAUCGAAUAUGUUCAAAUUCAGAUCAAGUGCCAGGUUGGAACGACAUAAAAAGCUCAGAUACCGCUACCAUAACUGGGACAAGUUACACGUGUCCUUACAGAGGAGAACGUACAUUAUCAAAAAUGGGACUUCAUCCAAAUUUCAGUUGGGAAUCUUUUAGUGUGGAACAUUUUCCUACAAUUGACGAUUCGGAUGGGCACUUUUCGUAUUCUAAAAUAGGUGACCAAGUUCGAGAUGAAUUCAAUCGGCUUAAGAGUUUGAAGAAUUAGGUUGAGGUGAAUAAUACAGAUUUUAUGUAGAAUUUUAAUUUCAGUAAUUAAAGAUUAGUUCCGUUAUAGAUUUAAGCCUAGUUUUAUAUUACGUACCUAGUACAUAUUUAAAAAAAUUACACUAUUUCCAAUCCGAGUUGCAAUGUUUUUCGAAUUUUUUGCCUUCCAUUGAAACACACCACGACAAUAGGUUAAGAAAAAUGCGUACGUACUGAAUUCAAUAUUCUGAAGUAAAUUUGUACAAAAUGAGAAAAGAAAUUAUUUCUUUGAGAAAAGCAUGUUAUUUUAUUUCAUAAUAUUUGAUUUAAAAUUUUGAACAAAUAGAUCAACGACAAGCUAAACAACAACCUUAGGGAGAGGUACUGAUUUCUAAUCAGUUAUCUUAUACACCUGUCGACUUGCCGACUCAAGAGGCUUCCGUCUAAUGAAUAGAUUAGGUAGUUAGGUACCUACUUUAACCGCUGGGGGCCGUGGACGGGUCCAAUCAAAAAUCUGACGUAAUAUUCGUGUUCAGCGUCACCAAAAACAUACUAUUCCAUGUGUCGUAGUACGAACAAAACACUUCUUUGAACUUUUACCCCCUUUGGGGAGGCGCUGGGGGCCGUGGAUGGAGUCCUAUCAAAAAUCUGACGUAAUAUUCGUGUUCAGCGUCAUCAAAAAUAUAGAAUUCGAUACAUCACAUGCCCCCGAUUUUCUUUCGAAAUUCUGAGAUUCAUACUUCGUUGAAAUCGUGAAAACGUGAUUUUAACGUGUUUUCGAAGCGUUAAAUCUCAGGAUUUGACCCAAAAUAGCUCAAUUUUGAAAGUUUCAGGAAAAAUCAAAUGAAAAAUUAUCGAGCUCUUGCUAGUGUGUUUCAAAUAAAAAUUCUUCAACUUUUAUGGAGAAAUAUGC